ACACGUCAAUUUCAGGUAAAAUGGAUUCGGUUAGAGAACUUAGAGAGCCAUGAGGUAACUAGGGCAGAGAGGGAGAAAAGGGGGAGGUUAUAUCUGUAGAGCCUAUCACAAUGAUAGUGCCGCCUGAGUUGCAGGACUUGCCGGAAACAAUGGCGCCUGAGAGCAACGCCAGUUCGAGCACUAGGGACAACAGUGGCGACCACCCUACCUCACCGUCUAGUAGCUCGUCUUCUGAGGAGACACCCAGCCGCAAGGAAGGGACGGGCGAUGUGGUUGGCAAUGUCUCAGAUCGGCCCGUAGUUGGAGAAUGGGAAAAUAAAGUACUUACGGGCAGAUUGAGCAACCUAUGCAAGGCACCAAAGGAUCUGCCCGCUGGGUUUAGAUUCAGGGCGACACUUCACCAUGAAGUAGCGGAAAGUGUGCCCUCAGUAAGUGGGUUGAAUAAACUGGAGGAUUUGGUGAAGGCAUACCACAUUCCCCGGACAAUACUACUCCGAGCAGGCGGGAAGAAUGAGAGGGCGUGCACAGUGUCACGGAUGGGCUGGAGCCCAGUGUACGUGGACAACUUUGAGGCCGGCCUGCGCUUUCCCCUACCCGGGCUAGUGUUCGACCUGCUGGCGGACUACGAUCUGGCUUUGACGCAGUUGACGCCCAACAGCAUAAGGUUCAUCAUAGGUUUUAUGCUGUUGUGUGCGAGGUUGGAAGUACCGGCAAAGGCGAUUGUGUUCAGGUCGCUGUUCCAAUGUCGGUUGUGUCCUAACUCUUGCGGCGCGAAGUGGUAUUACCUCUCCAAGAGAGAGAAGAGCCAGCUGUUCAAAAACGUCAAGAACAAGGUGGCGAGGUGGAAGAGGCAGUUCAUCUUUAUUCGCGAUACGCGAACAGAGAGAAUAAACAAUGACCUCGCUGCUCGGCUAUCGGAGUGGCGUGUGCCGAAUGCACACGUCAACUACCCUCAAUUGCUGCCACGGGACACAGAUCUUAAGAAUCAGUUGCUAGAACAUGCGAGGAAGGAGAAUUUGAUAGAUCUAGACGCCCUGGUUACCUCGGAGCAGCUCGCCGUGUUCGAGUUUGUCGACGUGGAAAACCUGUUCACCGAAGCAUACUGGAACGCCAGCACCAACGAGCCCAGGGUUCCCAAGGUCGCGCGUCUGGUAGCGCGCAACAAAGGCAGACACGGUUUGACGAGCGGUCACCCACAACACCACAAUCACGCAGCUCGUCACACCGUGGAUCGAGCUCGACGUCAAGGCCACACGCCGAUUAGCAAGCUGAGACUAUGGCCCCCAAUGCACGCAGGCGUGCACAGGGCUCCAACGGUGGCUGCGCGCUCGUCGAACCCGCCGUCUGCCACUGCGCGAGCAGUAGCAAAGCCUGCCUCUGCGUCGACCACAGUGUCGGCGCCAAGGAUCGCAUAUCCAAACGGCUUCAGCUACGUGAAGCCAGACUGCCAGCCCGCCAUGGUGCAAGGCAUGCAGAGCUUUGUGCCACCCGUUGAUCGUCAGCGGGCAAGGGCUUUUGUGCAGCAGCACGUCGGGCAAGCCGCCAUGGUCAAGCUUAUGGACGCGUUCAGCUACGCGGUGGCGUUGUUUAAGAGCGAGCAAGGGGCUCGCUCCCAAAAUAACGAGCUCAACACCAACUGCAAGCAGUUGGCUGUAGAGAAGGCCAGCCAUGUGGAUGAUGUCAAUCGUCUGCAAGGUUCAAAGAUGGCAAAUCGCGUUGCUGCAAUGGAGAGCCGAGCAGAAGAGCUCGCUAAUAGGAAUAAUGAGCUCAGGGAGGAGCUGGAGCGAGCCCGCGCUGAGAAGGAAAGCGGGAUCCAGGCGGCAAGGGAUGAGGCCGCUCGCGUUGAGGAAUGGGCAAAGAAGGCUGAGGCCGAAAGGGACCGUGCUUUGAACGAGCUGGGUUCCUUAAGGUUCCAGGUCGCUGAGGCUGACAAAAACCUCAACGCUACUAAAGAGGCGCUGAACGAAUUGAAGGCAUCCCAUGCGCGCUCUGUCAGUAUUGCCCGGGCUCAAGGGGCAGAGUGGCUGGCGGGCUCGGCCACGUUCCAAGACGUAGUGGCGGUGGCGUCUGCUAACAUGACCACGGAGAUCUACAACGAAAUCCGUGGUAAGGUGUUGCACCACCGCCCGGACUUCCCCAUCCGCGAGCUGGAGCCUUCAAGCACCCUGCCCAACUCUCAACCCGUAGUGGUGCCAGCGAGGUCGCCUAUCAAUGUGCCAGCUCCCGAGCCCGCUGCUCACUCGCCUCCAGCUCGCUCCACUCCUCCAACAGUUGAUGCGUCCAUGCCCGUCGAUCUGACGGAUGAUUAGAUUUAGGGUUUUUCCUUUCGAUCUUUUGUAUUUUUUGUUUCUUUUCACAAGCAAUUGUAUCGCGAUCUCGUACUGAAAUGUGUAAUUGUUUUUUGAAAAGAAAUACAAAAUUGAAAAUUAC